AUGCGCGAAAGCGUAUGUUUUGUUCCUGUUGUUAUGCGCGUCGGGACCACCAUUCCAGUUCCACUAAGGAUUCCACUAAGGAUCAAAGCAAUGGAUGCAGAUAAGAUGCAUUUGCUAGAAGAGCUGGAAAAUUCAGUGGAGUCAAAACGACAUGAAGCACGGUGCAGUUGCAUAAGCGGUUGCGCUCGAAGAGGUGCGGUAGGGCACAGCGUUGCGGGAUGCAUCUCGCCUACGCCACGGUCCUCCUGCAAGUGGCCAUCGAACCGAAUGACGCCGCCGCCACCGCCGUCGGGACAUCUUUCAACAACGCCGACGUCGCCACUUCAUCAUCAAUAUCGUGGUCGUAAAAACAGUCGCGACUCAUCUACGGGGAUUAGAAGAGACUGA